GCAAGUGUCAAGUCAAGUGAUUGAUAUUUUUGUGUUCUUGUUUCAAUGGAAAUUGUUUUGAGAUUUCGAUUAAACUUGGGAUUCUUCGGUAGGAGGGAUGAGUGAACAAUGUUGAAGUAAUUACUAUUAGUUAUGUAGAUUAUCAAACUUAGCUGUCCAUUGUUAUUGCAAUGUUCACACGGGUGGUAUAAAAAGUUAGUGGCAGUCUUAUUUUCCCACGGAACAUGAAGAAAGUAUUCGUGAAAGGUUGAACUUGUGUUGUGAUAGUGUUUGUGACUUCAGCUGGUGCCAUCAUUCGUGUUCCGAUACGAUUGAGUCCGUAAUUACGGACUAACCUUUUUCCAUGACAUUCAAAUUGUAAGGGACUUCAUCCGUGUCUUGUCAUGGCUGGUUUCCAAGCGAGAGAUACGAUGCCAAAACUCGGGCACGUCACAGAUCUAAGGGAGCAGUGGCUCGUAAGAACCGACGGAGCUCUGGCUCACAGACUUCAGGACCGGGAGAUUUCCUCCCACUUGUGCGAAAAUAGGUACAGAAACCAACAGAUCCGCGAGGAUUUCCCGGUCGCUCUGCACGAGCAGCGCGGCAUCGACAAUGAGCUGCACAUGCGCGAGAUGUCGCGCUUGCGGCAGGCUGAGAUUGAUGCGGAAAUUGCGCGUGAAAUAGCAGAAAUAAACCUCCGCCGACAACGUCGUCAAUUGCCCGAAAUUCCGCAACCGAGCUCCAGCAGAGCCGUCCCUGCUCCUCCCCCGCCUGAUGAUGACAUAAACCCGGAAGAGCUUGGUUUAUCUCCUGCUGAAUUUGAGGAAAUGAGAAAAAGAUUGGAACAGGAAGAAAAGGAUGCAAGAUUAGCUAGAGAAUUGAGUCAGGGGCAAGGAGAGGAUGCAUUGCUGGCCGACAUGAGAUGUGCUGUUGAAGUUCAAGAUGGAGAACUUGCUAGACUCCUGCAGGAACGAGAGUAUAAAAAGCUGCAGAGGGCUAAAGAAAAAGCACGGCAGAAAGCAUUGUUAAAAAAGCAGCAGAGGUUAGCUCAGCAACAACGGGAGAAUGAGCCGCUACCAGCACCACCACAAGCAACCCUAUGUGAUGCAUACAGUAAUCCUAAAGAUUUGAUCCGUGACAGUAGACUCCGACUCUGUAAGUCAGUUGACUCUGAUUUGAAUUACGUAGAACCAUUCGAAAAGGAGCAUAUUCAGUCUAAAGCCAGUGCCUUGCGAUCAAAAGAGAUUUCAAACCAGUAUUAUUCUCAAGAACCUGGCACAAGUAACAUGAAUUCAUCUCAUUCUCAUAACAGAUCAAUGGAGUUUGAUUUACAUAGUCCGCACAAUGGGAACGUGCCACUGCAGUACAGGCAGCCUCCACCGCCUCCUACGACAGGUAAAAAGCCUCGUUUUCCAGACCCUGUGAGCAUCAGACCAGCAUCCCACUAUCCCACGGACAAUGAUGACGGUCACACAAACAGCCAAAUCAUGCCACACAGCCUGAGCGAGAACAACAACUUAUACAGUUCUACGUUCCCAUUGGACAAUGGCAACAUGACUCCGCAACAUAUGCAUGACAGGACAGACAACAGCAAGAGAUUGUCAGUCAUCUCCGAUAUCACCGCUGAAGCACUAGUGAAGAAGAAGAACAAGCAAGCCGACUUGCAGAAGAAAAGAAAAGGAUGCAAGAUACAGUAACUUUUGAAUCUCUUUAAAUGCAAAUCUCAUUUUUAUUGAUUUUAUGAUACUUCAUUUUUAGAAGACAAUAUGUAAUUACUUUUGGUUAGAUAUUAUCUAUCAUUACCUUAAAAGGCUUAAAAUAAGCCUAUACAUUAUACCACAUUUAAUUAAGGGACCAAUUUUUUUACAAUCUUUUAUAUUCAGUAUAUGGAGAAAAUCUCUUCAUCAUUAUACUUUAAAAAUGUUGAGAAUAACUUAAUAUUAAAUAGCUAUAAGUUAUUUAAUUUUCGGUGUAAGUGCAGAUGUACCUGCCGGAACCAAUGAGCCAUCUUAAUAUUAAUUUGUUAUGUGCCUUGAUUUAGCAGUAAGACUACAGACAUAGAUCUAACUAGAUACCGCAUUUUACUCAUCUGUAUGCAAAGCAAAUAUGUGAACAGGGUGAAAUAAGAGAUAGGUAAAAAAGUUGGUUAAUACAGCACAAUACAACAAUGAAAAAUGAAAAUAAUAUUUAUUUGGAAAUGAGAACAAGUACAGUAAGUUAAAUUACAUAGGAUAAUGAUAUAUAAUAUAUAGAUACACCUUAUAAAAAAAAUCCGUUCUGACACCCUUGUGCUAAGUGAUUUGGCCACAAAAGAAAAGAAUACCUGUUGUAACUUAUGGAUGGUGGAAUACUUUUCGAUGUAGUCCACUGUAUAUCACUAGCAGGGUCUAGCUAGAUCUAUGACUACCAAUAAGACGUAACAUUCCUUAGAGUUUACUAUGUUUUUAUACUAAUAUAUUUUGAUAUAUAAAAAGAUUUUCUCUUUCUAAGCAUUUUCUUAAUCUCAUUUGUAUGUGAUUAUAAAAUAAUAUGCUCAAUUAUAUUAGAAACUCAAUCUUAAAAAGCUUUGAAAGUUUGUUUUUGAUUUUUCUAAUAGUUCAAAAAUAAUUUUGCAUUGUACUUAAUAAUAAGACUGAUUGAUAUUUACCUGAAUUACAUUAUUGGUUGGAAAUCACGAAUUUAUUGAAUAUUUUUUUGUUAAUUUUUUAAUUGUAUUUCUUUGGUGCCAAAAAUGGUGCUCUUAUUUUGCUGUUUUUUUUUUUUGUAAUCUCAACUUUCUCUUUCUUAUAGUGCUUAUUUUUGCAUAACUUAUGAAUAAAUGUUUUAUUUGUUCAUUAACUGUAUAAAAUAGAGGUCAACAUAACAUUACUUUUCACUCUCUUUGUUAUAUGUAGCUGUGCAAACAUAAAUGCAAAUAUAAAUAAAGCUGACCUCUGUUUAGUCAUAGAUUAUUAUAUUUGUGCACAUUGGCGAUAAUAGCUGCAAUAUAUUUCCGCCAUUUUAGAUUACUUCACACGUUCUCUCAGUAAUAUAAGUAUCUACAUAAUUAAGUUAUAAAAAUAUAAGGCACAUCAAAUUAAGUACAAAUAUUUGAAAGUUGAUUUCAACAUUUGAGAAAAAAUUAAAAAAUAUUUCUUGAAAAAUUAAUUACGUUUGUUUUCCCUUUUAAAUAUUUGUACAAAAUUUUUGUGAUCCUUAUUUUAUAUAUAAAUUUACUAAUAUUAGUAAUUUUAAGCUUUAAUGCAAUGUAUGGCCUUCAACGUGCCUUAUAGGAACCGAACCAAACGUGAAUUAUUUAUUAUAACAAUAUUUUAAUUAAUUUUAUAUACUUAGUUAUUACAAAAAGGAAACGUAAUUUGUAAGUACCAAUCAGAAAAACUGCGAAACAGUUUUAUAUCGCUGUACAUGUUUUCAAGUAUAAUGGCAGAAAUAAAUUUACCGGUACGAACUUUUCGAAUGGAAUAUUGCACAAAUGGUCGCUUGAGUAUAAAUAAAUAAUCAGGGAUUUAGAACUCGAUUAUUUCCCGAAAUUCCCAGUUUUAUCUAUUGUUUGUUUAACUCCUGGAAAUUUCGGUUAAAAGUAGGUACCUACGUAAGACAUGUCUACCAGUGUGUCAAUAUUCCAUGCGUAUUCAAUUCUCACUAAGUCGUUACAUAACUUUAUAUCAUUAGCUGUAGCUAAGCAUUAUACAAUGUUUUAAGUAGAUUUAAGUAAGUAUGUACGAUAUACCUUCAUUUUUUCAUCUAGCCGUGAGUAGAAGAGUUGCUAACUGUGUGUGCAACUAUUUCCAAAUUUCAACGAAAUCUUUAGAGCUUAAGUAACGUCAGAACUUUCUUCCUGACUGUUAUUCUUGCAACAAAACAUUUAUUCUUGAUUGGUGUCCCAAUUGUCCCUGAAAAAUAGUACCUAUUCAAAUUGAAAAGCUACAGUUCGACACUGUGUCCGAGUCUUCAACAGCUCGAUUGGCACGGAUUUUGAAACUUUUUUUUCAGAAACUUUUUGAGUAAUGAUAAGUAAGAAAUAGGUAUGUUGAUUUAUUUUCGGUACACUGCACACCCGCUUGCUGGUCUUAUACUCUGUAAACAACUACACUUGCAUCAUAUGCGUAUUUCUGAAGGAUAUCAAAACGAUAUUACGAAUGAAUAAGAAAUAAGAAGAUGUAAUACAUGAUUGAUUGAAUAUUUUGUGGUAAGGCACCAUACGGUAACACUCCAAGUUGAGUUCAGUGGCGUCAUUUCUUGCAUAAUUUUAAUACAAUGCAAAAUCUCAAUCACGAUAAUGCUAAUUUCAAGUUUGCGAUUAAACAAAAGACCACUAUAAAGCGUCUAGUGAAAGUAUUUGAUGUGGUUUAAUAUGAACCUUUGAUUUUGUAAUUCAAUAUAUUUGUAAUCUCUUUAAGUUGAUUGUGACAAUUUAUA